CGUCCUCUCCCUCUUUUCUAAAAUCUCAACCAACUGAAGUAGGGCUUUUACUCUCUCUCUCUCUCUCUCUCUAGGGUUUCAGACGCCAUAGCCAAUGUCUCCGAUAUCUCUCAUCUUCCAUCGCUCCUCUCGCCGCCUCUCUCUCUCAUCUCCUCUCUUCUCUUUCCACUUCUGUAAAUACCUCUGCUCGUCCUCUUCACCAUCUCAUCUCCCCAUUCAAACGAACCUCUCUCACCCCAUCUACAUGCUCUGGGGCUCCAACACCAGCGUCGGCAAAACCCUAGUUUCCACUGGCCUCGCUGCCUCCGUCCUCUGCUCUCCAAAUCCCGCCAAAUUCACGUACAUUAAGCCCGUCCAGACCGGAUUCCCUCAGGACUCCGACUCCCGCUUUGUCUUCCGCAAGGUCUCUGAGAUUUUCCACGGCCGGAAGCCCUUGGCCUGCCUCCAUGCGUCGAAUCAUGCACUGUGGGCGUCUGCGCCAGCUGCCAAGGAGGUGGUGGGUGGCAGAACUGGAGGGGAGGGUUUGAGGGAUUUGUGCUGCUAUGAGGAGAGGCGGAUUGGGGCUGGGGAGGAGGUUGGGGUGUUUGAGCUGGUCUGUAAGACGAUUUACGGAUGGAAGGAGGCGAUUUCGCCACAUCUUGCUGCAGAGAGGGAAGGAGCGGUUGUGGACGAUUCGGUGCUGCGGGAGUUGUUGCAGAGGUAUGUAGGAUGUCAUGAGGGUGGUGGGGAUUGUGGUUCGGGGGAUCAGAUUUGGACCGUGGUUGAGACAGCUGGGGGAAUUGCGAGUCCGGGGCCUUCAGGGACUCUUCAAUGCGAUUUAUACAGGCCUUUUAGGUUACCAGCUAUUCUUAUUGGAGACGGACGGUUGGGUGGUAUUUCUGGAACUAUUUCAGCAUAUGAGAGCUUAAAACUUAGAGGUUAUGAUGUCAUUGCUGUCGUUUUGGAGGAUCACGGCCUUUUAAAUGAGGCAGCCUUGUUGUCCUAUUUGCAAAAUAGGGUGCCUGUGCUUGUAUUGCCAUGUAUACCACAAGAUCCAUUCGACAACCUUAUGCAAUGGUUUAGUGAUUCUCACGAAGUAUUUUGUUCUCUUCAAGAUAUAAUGCUAGAUGCUUAUUCAGAAAGGAUAAAAAGAUUACAUGACAUGCCAAAGAAGGCAGUUGAUGUUUUCUGGUGGCCUUUUACUCAGCACAAUCUUGUGCCUGAAGAAAUUGUCACAGUAAUAGAUUCACGAUGUGGAGAGAAUUUUGCAGUCCACAAGGUUGGGACUCAACAGACUUCUGAGCUUAUUUCUCAACAGUUUGAUGCGUGUGCUAGUUGGUGGACUCAAGGACCUGAUACUACCUUACAGAUUGAGCUGGCAAGAGAUAUGGGUUAUGCAACUGCAAGGUUUGGGCAUGUGAUGUUUCCUGAGAAUGUCUAUGAGCCUGCUUUACACUGUGCGGAGCUCUUGCUUGAAGGCGUUGGAAGAGGUUGGGCUUCACGAACUUUCUUUUCUGACAAUGGAUCCACUGCCAUUGAAAUUGCUCUCAAGAUGGCAUUUCGUAAAUUCUCAUUUGAUCAUGGAAUCCUGGAUCGUUUUAAUGACAACUUAAUAGAAAGAUGCUUUAACUUCAAGGUCCUGGCUCUUAAUGGAUCUUAUCAUGGUGAUACCUUGGGUGCUAUGGAAGCUCAGGCACCAUCAUCUUAUACAGGCUUCCUCCAACAACCAUGGUACUCGGGAAGGGGUCUCUUUCUGGAUCCUCCAACAGUUUUUAUGUGCAAUGGAGAUUGGAUUCUUUCCUUACCUAAAGUGUUACAGUUUGAUAAACUGAAUCAUGAAGAAAGAACAUUUAGCUCCCGUGAUGAUAUAUUUCAUGGGAGCAGGGACUCUUCAUGUCUUGCUGGAAGUUAUUCUGCCUAUAUAUCCCAACAAUUAUUACCAUUUUCAAGAUCAGAUGGGUCCGAUCAUGUUGCUGCAUUGAUUAUAGAACCAGUUAUCCAAGGUUCUGGUGGCAUGCUUUUUAUUGAUCCACUUUUUCAGCGAGUGCUUGUUAAAGAGUGCCGAAGUCGCAAAAUUCCUGUCAUCUUUGAUGAAGUAUUUACUGGUUUCUGGCGUCUUGGAGCUGAGUCGGCUGCCGAGUUACUAGAUUGUUUGCCGGAUAUAGCCUGUUUUGCAAAACUGAUGACCGGGGGGAUAAUACCCUUGUCAGCUACACUGGCAACUGAUGCUGUUUUUAAUGCAUUCAAAGGAGACACAAAGCUCAUGGCUCUUUUGCAUGGCCACUCCUACUCUGCACAUGCUUUGGGAUGCACAGCAGCUGCCAAAGCUAUACAAUGGUUCAAGGAUCCACAGUCAAACCUCAAUAUCAUUCCUGAAGGAAGGCGACUGAGAGAGUUAUGGGAUGAUAAACUUGUCCUUCAACUAUCAUCCCAUCCAGCAGUGCAAAGAGUGGUAGCAUUGGGAACUCUCUUUGCCUUAGAACUGAGAGCAGAAGGCUUUAAUUCUGGGUAUGCAUCGCUCUAUGCAAGCUCUCUUGUGCAGAAGCUCCGUGGAGAUGGCAUUUUUAUGAGGCCUCUUGGAAAUGUCAUUUAUAUCAUGUGUGGCCCUUGCACAUCUCCUCAGGUCUGCACACAGCUACUCUGCAACCUAUACCAAAGAGUCGAUGAAUUCAGCCAAGCCAAUGGGUUAUCAAAAGAUAUGCAGCCUCCACAACAAAUCAGUAUUUAAUCUAGUUUCUAUCUGUCACUCUGAAUUACAUUUGUUCAGAGUUCUGAAAUCCUAAGGGCCUGUUUGGAUGCACCACUCAAUGAGAAAUGAGUGGAAUUUGACAAUUUGCACAUCCCACAAAAUGCAGAUGGCAGGGUGCACUAAAUGCUGCCCUCCACAUAAUGCACCCUAGCGUGGGAAACUGAUGAUUAAUGGGCCAUACUCCAUUGUCAUGAAACUCUAAACACAACCCCCCCCCCCCCCCCCCCCAAAAAAAAAUAAUAAUAAUAAUAAUAAUAGGGAUCCGUUGAUAGGACAGAUGAAUUGAUUUGUAGCUGAUUCUGAUAUUCAGCUCUAGAUCUGUUUGAGUUGUAAUUCAUUUAUUUUUAUGUCGUCAUAUUUCUCAAAUGAACUUGAAUUUGAAAAUAAUGAUCUGUUUGAAGUCUUAGAUUGCUAAGAUAGUAUGAUCAUA